AAAGCAGGAAGGAUCUGUCUCACAGCAGGUCUGGAGUCUGCUGCUACCUUAACGGCUGAUAGCAGAAGAGAUCACACUCUUCACAUCAGAUUUGUUCUUGGAUUUAUCCAGGCUGUUGGUUUCCUUGGACAGAUGGCUCUUUUUUAUCAUAACCUGGACAUUUAUUGUUUUAUAAUGGAUCAAAACUGGUUUAUUUUUCUUUUCGUUUUCCUUAAAAUUACUUUUGAAAACCUGAUCAGUUUCAAUCCAAUUCAAGCCAGGUUAAUAUAUUAGAGGAAUUUCAUAGUUGAUCCAUCAGGAAAAUUGAUUCAAGCUUAUUUAGAACUGGCCUAAAAAAACAAAGUAAAUAUAGAUCUUAUCGUUGCAAUAAUUAAAAAGAGUUAAAUAUAUAUACAAAUGGAUUGAUUUUGUGUAUGAAGUGCAGAGGAAGCUUAUCCCCCCAAAACAAUUACAGUUUACAGCACAAUAGAAUUCAGUAAUUUUGGAAAGAUGUAAUGGUGUAAUUAUUCAGUCUUAAUGUGAAUCAAUGUUUAUUUUUAAUCAAUGGAGCAUUUAAGGUUUGGAAAAUAAAGUGUGAAAGUUAGUUUCCUUUACAGUGUCCUGAAAAGACAGACUUCAGUGUGUUUAUUAGCAGCACUUUGAAGGUAAAUCCUUAACUGUCGUGCAGGGGAGCAGCGGGUGGAUGCAGACGGUGCGCUGCAUCCUCCUCCUCUUCAUCAGCUGAUGUCCCCAGACAGCACCUCCUCUUCGGGUUAUUCUGGCUCCUCCUCCUGGAUGCCGAUCUGCUGUGACUCUACCUUUGACAGGAGCAGAGACAUUCUUGGACGUGUUUCAGGUCUAAACCAAACAGGUGUUACAGAGAAAGGCCGCUUCAUCUUGAACUCUGCCUGCCCCCCCGGUUCCAGUCGUCCCACAGCCCAAGUUCUUCCUGUCCAGACGGAUCCGGCUCCUCCUCACCCACCUUCCUGCUCAUCCCACCUUCCCUUCAACCUCCUUCAGGCUCCCUACCACCCGCAGCCCAGUUACCCCGAGUCUGUCCCAAACCCAGCUCGCAUCCUGUCGUCAACGCGUCAGCCCCGGCCCUCCCCGCUCUGCUCAGAGGACAGGGCUAAGCCUCUGGGUGCAGUCGCGGUCGGAACGGGUUUCAGUUUAGGACCUGGAGUCGGGGUGGCGGCGAGGCUGGAGAAUCAGUUUACGGGUCUCAGUAUGGAUGGAUACUCCGGACCUCAGGAGUCUGCAGGAAGCCGCAGGAGGCCAGGGGGCGCUGUAGGUCUGAUGGUGGAGACCAGCUCUGCCCUGACCUCCACAUCCAACAGCCUCCAUCACGUCUCCCAGCCACCUCUGCUCUUCCACCUCUCCUCCUCUCCAACCGGAUACCACUAUCACCCCGCCUCCUCCACAUCGGGCGCUCUGCCCAUGCCCACCAACCCCACUGCAGCAGCCCUGGGGAACCCUAACUACCAGCCUACCACAAGUCCCGCCCCGCCCUCUUCCUCCUCUGCCCCUUCCUUAAAUCAGAGUUCAGCUCAAAGCACCUCCAUGUGUGUUUGCAGCUCCUGUGGUUGCCAUGGUAACUGUAGCCCCUAUGGUACAUUACCAGGGUAUGCAGCUGCCGGCUACCUGCAGCCGUUCUCAGCCGGGCCCUCCCUGUUCACCCUGGGGCCCCUGCUCCACCUCAGCCCACUCAUCGCCUCGUCCAGCACUUCCGGCCCUGGAGCCCCUCACUUCUCUUAUCCCAUGAUGGUCCCGCCUACUCUCUAUCGCCAGAGCCCCACAUCACAUGACCAGCAGCAGAGCACGGGGUUCUAUCAGUCCCAAAGCACUAUGGGUAAUGGAGGCCAGAAACGGGCAGCGGGGAAUGUGUCCUGCUACAACUGCGGCGGCGGCGGACACCGAGCAGAGGAAUGCAAGCAGCCAACAAUGGAGUCAGCACAGCAGGGAACGUUUCGGCUGAAGUUCACUCCUCACUCUCAUAAUAAAGACUCUGGGGACUAAAUCAGUGAGAGAGAGCGAUGCAAUGAACAUGGGACGAAUGGUGGUGCCUGUGAGCAGUGGAUCAGCGCUGGUUAUGGAAAUGAGACAAGGACACAGCGGGACUGAUGGUUCAUCUCUUGGGUCGCGCUGCUUUCAUAUGAUCCCCUCAGAUACAAACCGGAGCUUCUAACGUCAGAUUAACUCUAUAGAAAGAUGUUUGGAUCUUCCUCAGCAUUGUCUUAGAGCAGCUUCUCAGACAAACCAUGAAGUAUUUCAAGCUGAAUGGCAAACCAAAGAUGGCUCUCCAUUUGCUUUUUCAGUUUUCAGACUUCAGUAUUAUCCUUCAUCGUUGUGCUAAAAUCAGGGUUUUUUUUCAGCUGCUUUUCUCAUGAACAAGAGAAUUCAAAGUGUUAUUGACCUUUUCAAUGCCUUUUCCAGGGUAAACCCAAACCAGGGAGACACUCAGGCAAUCACUCUUUUACUUCCUCCUGAAAAUUCAUCCUAUAGAUAAAAUAAUAGCUGUAUCAACAUUAGAGGACGUUACAUCCAGUUAAACUGGGACCUUCCAUCUGCAUGGGUUUCUGAAGUUGACACACGAUGGACAGAUGGAUGACGCAUGGUAUGGUCAGCUGCAGACAGCAGAAGGACGCGUUGCCUGCCUUCAUGUGGCCUAAAACAGUCGCCUCUCCAGCCUCUCAGGCAGAAUCACGUUUUUAAACUGUUUUUUGGGAAGUUUACCUCAACAUGCUGAAGUGCCAACUUCUUUGUGUUUGGUUCUUCUUUUAACUUUUUAAUAUUGACACCUUUCGUCUUUGCUCCCUGGAGGCUCACAGCUACGGGGUUCAUGCAGGAGCAUCAUUAAUAUUGAAUAAGUGAUGGGCAAAGAUUCUGGGCAGGACCCAGAUCAGCUCCACACAGAAAGGGUCCGUUGUAUCUGCACCCAUGGAGGACGCAGAGCAGGGGAGAGAAUUUAUUUAAAAUGCUCAUUGUCCAGUAUAUGGAACUACUUCUGCUGAAACUGAUGUUUUUUUUUAAAUUCAGUUUUAUUGUAAGAAUUGUUUUUUGGGGCUAAGAUGAUUGUAUAAAAGCACAAUUUGCUAGAUUAAGAUUUAGUGAAUUUAAAUGAGCUUAUCCUGGGAAUCUCUUUUGUUCUGUUUGGUUUCCGUUUGUUCCAGCGUGCAUGUUGCUUCCUCUGUCAUUCAUUUUUAAGAAGUACAUUUUUAAACAUAUUAAUAGUUUGUAAGCACCCUGUUUGUCUGGACUUCAGGUUUUAUAUUGCUGAAAGUGCUUUAAAAAAAACAAAA